AGGAGGAGGAGGUGGAGGAGGAGGAGGAGGAGGAAAGGAGCCGGGGAGGGAAACGGGGAGAGAGACUGAGAGAUCUAGAGGUGCUGGAGACCCAGACGGCCGCGGAGCUGGGAGAGCCGGAGAGGAUCGAGGAGCAGGACCCGAGCCUGGGGAGAGCGACUCGGGAGCUUAGAAGCCCAGUAAAUGUGAAUAUGAGGUCUGUCCCCGGAGCUAUCCUCAAGACACUACUUCUCUUAUCUACUCAAAACUGGAACAGGGUCAGAGCUGGGAAUUCCUAUGGUUGUGAUGAGCCCCUCGUGUCUGCCUUGCCUCAGGCGUCCUUCAGCGGUUCUUCCGAGCUCUCCAGCAGCCAUGGCCCAGGAUUUGCCAGGCUAAACAGAAGAGAUGGUGCUGGUGGCUGGUCCCCGCUUGUGUCAAACAAAUACCAGUGGCUGCAGAUUGACCUUGGCGAGAAGAUGGAGGUCACCGCCGUGGCCACCCAGGGUGGAUAUGGGAGCUCCAACUGGGUGACCAGCUACCUCCUGAUGUUCAGCGACAGUGGCCGGAACUGGAAGCAGUACCGACAGGAGGACAGCAUCUGGGGCUUUGCAGGAAACUCAAACGCAGACAGUGUUGUGUACUAUCGACUGCAGCCCUCCAUCAAAGCCCGGCUUCUGCGCUUCAUCCCCGUAGAGUGGAACCCCAAGGGCAGAAUCGGAAUGCGAAUCGAGGCGUUUGGAUGUACCUAUAGAUCAGAGGUGGUCGAUCUUGAUGGAAAAAGUUCUCUUCUAUAUAGAUUUGAUCCCAAAGCCCUAAGCCCCAUAAAGGAUGUGAUUUCUUUGAAAUUUAAAACCAUGCAGAGCGAUGGUAUUCUCUUCCACCGGGGCGGGCAAAGUGGAGAUCACAUCACCCUGGAGUUAAGAAGAGGAAAACUCUUUUUACUUAUUAAUUCAGGUGAAGCAAAGCUGCCUUCACCGCACACCCUGAUCAACCUCACCCUGGGCAGCCUACUGGAUGACCAGCACUGGCAUUCUGUGCUCGUCCAGCACUUGGGCCAGCAAAUCAACUUCACGGUGGAUGAACAGAAGCACCGCUUCCACGCCACCCAGGGGGACUUCAGCUACCUGGACCUGGAGCAUGAGAUCAGCUUUGGAGGGAUUCCAGCACCUGGAAAAUCAGUGUCAUUCCCCUAUAAAAAUUUUCAUGGAUGUUUAGAAAAUCUUUACUAUAAUGGAGUGGAUAUCAUUGAUCUGGCCAAGGGGCAGAAACCACAGCUCAUCAUUCUGGGAAACGUGUCCUUCUCUUGCUCACAACCACAGCCUGUGCCAGUGACUUUUCUUACUCACCGGAGUUACUUAGCGCUGCCGGGAUCUUCUGGAGAUGAUCAGAUCUUGACCACGUUUCAAUUCCGAACCUGGAAUAAGGCAGGCCUUCUGCUCUUCAGUGAACUUCAGUUGGUUUCAGGACACCUCCUCCUUUUUCUUAAUGAUGGAAAACUCAAGCUGAAUCUCUCCCAGCCAGGAAAAUUACCAAGUAACAUCACAGCAGGAGCUGGAUUAAAUGAUGGCCAGUGGCACUCCGUCUCCUUAUCGGCCAGAAGGAACCUCCUGAGCCUGACGGUGGAUGGUCAGGUGGCUUCUGCUGCUUCUUCCCUGGGGCCUGAGACCAUUCGUUCAGGGGGAACCUACUAUUUUGGAGGUUGUCCUGACAACGGCCUCGGAUCCAAGUGGAGAAACCCACUGGGUGGAUUUCAGGGCUGUAUGCGGCUCAUUUCUAUCAGUAACCAGGUGGUGGACCUGAUUUCCGUUCAGCAGGGGUCCCUGGGAAACUUCAGUGACCUCCAGAUAGACACAUGUGGCAUCACAGACAGGUGUUUGCCCAACUACUGUGAACAUGGCGGCGAGUGCUCACAGUCCUGGGACACCUUUCACUGCAACUGUGCCAACACGGGCUACAGGGGAGCCACUUGCCACAACUCUAUCUAUGAGCAGUCAUGUGAAGCCUAUAAGCAUAGAGGAAAUACUUCAGGGUUUUAUUAUGUAGAUUCGGAUGGAAGUGGGCCCUUGGAGCCAUACCUCCUGUAUUGCAAUAUGACUGAAACUGCCUGGACCAUCCUCCAGCACAAUGCCUCUGACCUAGUCAGAGUCAGACACACUAACCCAGAAAGCCCCUACGCGGGGUCUUUCGAGUACCCCGCCAGCCCGGAGCAGCUCCAGGCCACGAUUCAGCGCGCGGAGCACUGUCAGCAGGCGCUCGCCUACUACUGCAAGAGGUCGCGGCUGGGCAGCGGGCAGGAUGGGACACCUCUGAGCUGGUGGGUUGGAAGAACGAAUGAAACGCAUACAUAUUGGGGAGGCUCUUUGCUUGAUCCUCAAAAAUGCACUUGUGGAUUGGAAGGAAAUUGCAUCGAUUCUCAGUAUUACUGCAACUGUGAUGCUGACCGAAAUGAAUGGACUAAUGACACUGGAUUCCUCUCGUAUAAAGAGCACCUGCCUGUCAGGAAGAUCGUGAUCACAGACACAGGCCGGCCACACUCCGAAGCUGCCUACCGCCUGGGACCCCUGCUGUGCCGGGGAGACCGAUCAUUUUGGAAUUCAGCAUCCUUCAAUACUGAGGCUUCCUACCUUCAUUUUCCUACUUUGCAUGGAGAACUUAGUGCCGAUGUAUCUUUCUUUUUUAAAACAACAGCUUCAUCAGGGGUAUUUUUAGAGAACCUGGGGAUUACUGACUUCAUACGGAUAGAGCUACGCUCGCCGUCAGUGGUGACUUUUUCAUUUGACGUGGGCAAUGGGCCUUUGGAAAUCUCAGUGCAGUCACCCACUCACUUCAAUGACAACCAGUGGCACCAGGUGAAGGUAGAAAGGAACAUGCAGGAGGCGUCCAUCCAAGUGGAUCAGCUCACGCCGAAGACGCAGCCUGCUCCAGCAGACGGACACGUGCUUCUGCAGCUCAACAGCCAGCUCUUCGUGGGUGGAACGGCCACGAGGCAGAGAGGCUUCCUGGGCUGUAUUCGGUCCCUCCAGCUGAACGGGCUGGCCCUGGACCUGGAAGAAAGAGCCAAGGUCACUCCCGGGGUGGAGCCGGGCUGCCGAGGCCACUGCAGCAGCUAUGGCAAGCUGUGCCUCAAUGGAGGGAAGUGCCGGGAAAAGGCCAGCGGCUUCUCCUGCGACUGUACGUUCUCUGCCUACGCAGGACCAUUCUGCAACAAGGAGAUUUCUGCCUAUUUUGGAUCAGGUGCCUCUGUGAUUUACAAUUUUCAAGAAAAUUAUUCCUUAAGUAAAAAUUCCAGCUCCCACGCUGCGUCAUUUCACGGCGAUCUGAAGCUGAGCCGAGAAAUGAUCAGAUUUAGUUUCCGAACAACACGCAGCCCGAGCUUGCUGCUUUAUAUGAGUUCCUUCUAUAAAGAAUAUCUCUCCGUUAUCAUUGCUAAAAAUGGAAGUUUGCAGAUAAGAUACAAGCUAAAUAGAUACCAAGAACCUGACGUUAUUAAUUUUGAUUUCAAAAACUUGGCUGAUGGGCAGCUGCACCACAUCAGGAUUAACAGAGAAGAAUCCCUGGUUUUUGUCGAGGUUGAUGAAAACACAGGAAGACAAGUUCAGCUGUCAUCAGGCACAGAGUUCAGUGCCAUCAAGGCCCUGGUCUUGGGCAGGAUGGUCGAACACGGCGAUGUAGACCAGGAGACUGCGCUGGCCGGAGCACAGGGCUUCCUGGGCUGUCUCUCUGCCUUCCAGUUCAGCCACGUCGUCCCCCUGAAGGCAGCCCUGCACCCCAGCCGCCCUGCACCCGUCACUGUCUCGGGCCACGUGUCGGAGUCCAGCUGUGUGGUCCCCGCUGGCACGGACGCCACGUCAAGAGAGAGGACCCACUUAUUUGCAGAUCAUUCUGGAACAAAGGAUGACAGAGAACCCCUUGCAAAUGCAAUCCGAAGUGACUCAGCAGUGAUUGGAGGUUUGAUAGCUGUGGCGAUCUUUAUCUUGCUCUGCAUCACUGCCAUAGCUGCUCGCAUUUAUCAGCAGAAAAGGUUAUACAAAAGAAAUGAGGCAAAAAGGUCAGAGAAUGUAGACAGAGCGGAGGGCGUUUUGAAAAGUGAGCUUAAUAUUCAAACUACAGUCAGUGAAAACCAGAAAGAGUACUUCUUCUGAUUGGCAGCUGAUUUCACUUCUAAUCACAGCCGUCUGCUUUCAUAGCCAGGGCUCUCUCGAUGGACAGGAAAAAUAAGAAAAUGCUCACACCCUGAACAUCCGGGGAGUGGAGUUGCACAACACCGUCUUGCCAAGUCCUGACUCAAGAUGGUUCCAGGAGGCCUCGUCCAGAGACAUAUUUCUCAUGGUUGUCUUUCUGGAGAAGGAGGAAUUAGACAUUGCUCUUAAUUUUCAACUCUUCUGCUAGGAGCUUGAAAACAUAAGUUUAACUCACUUUCUUACCCUGAUUUUUAAAUGUGAAAACCAUACCCUUGGUCUCUACCAUGUGAUACAUACAUUUUGUUCGCAGGGGAAAAAAAUCAAAAUCAGACUAGAAUGACCUUGCUUUAUUUGAGAACAUGCUGUAUUUGCUUUAGUGUUCCCAUUGUGUCAUUUAUAGACCUGGAAAUACUUCUGAAGAUCCUGUUUGGCUGGUGUUUGCAUCUUCAAUGGCCAAAAGUAUAUGAAUCCCUUUGCCUUUCUCUGUAUUACACUCAAUACAAUUUGCCAGUAGUCUUGAAAGCUAAUUUGUUGUCAUUGGUUUGUUUAGAUUCUUCUUUUUUGUACUUGCCUCUUCAUGAAUUUGAACCCUUUUGGUUUGAGUGUUAGACUAGAGCUCCAACUAUAAAAAAUCAUAUGUAAUAGUACACAGUACAUUGGUUGUCAGUAUGUGACGUCUUGCUUUUAGAUUGUUCUCUGUUCAGUUGACAGCAUUAUUUUUGCAGCAGCAGUCGUUAAGACCCGGGAUAAUGCCAGUUUCCCAAAGAAUGUGAAAUAUUUGCAACCGAAGGUGUUGAUAGAAGAAAACAUAGAUCUUAGCACUGCAAAAACAUUUUUAUUUAUAACUGUAAUAUCUCAAAUGAGACAUACUUCUGAGAAUAUUUUCCCCCAAUCUCCUGUCAGUUUUCUUUUAUAGAUUUAUACUUCUGGUUUCUGUAAAGUUUAUCACCAACUCUUCUUUGAUCUCCCUCAACUAUAUUCCGUAGAACAUGUUCUUAGUUAUUAGAAAAAGAGAGACAAUUGAAGUAUAGAGUUCCAUUACCCUUUCUAAAAUAUAGUCCCCUCCAGGCGUGCGUUUGGCUGUACACAGAAUUCAAGGACAUACUUUCAGAAAUAUGAUGCAGCUCUUUCUGCAAAUCUAUAGUGUGAUUCAAGAAUGCUUCUUGUUGGGGGGGGCACGGGGGAGCAAACAUAUGUGACCUAAUAAUUAUAACAUAUCACAUGGACUAAGUCUGUUCUUCCAAUCAUUUCUCAUUCACAAUGAGGGGGCACAUUUCUCAAAAGGUUCAACAAACCAACAAGACUUACUAAUACUCAUUAUGUACUAGUGUACUUGGCCUAUGUAUUGUCCCGAGAGUUUAAAAAAAUUUCAGUAACUAAUAAAACAGUUACAGCGAUUAAUUUCAAGGCCAUGUCAAGAGAUGCUUGCAUGUAGCGAUCUUUGAAUUGUAUACACCAAUUAUAUAAUAUAGGCACUUUGCUAUUCAUCCUUUAAACUAUUCAGGUGCCUCCCAAGAUGGGGGUGGGGGGAAUGGAUUCCAUCAUUUGUCCACAUUUGAAUUUGGAAAUAUAUGAAUUUGGCAUUUUAUUUUCUGUAUGUUUUACCUUCAUUCUCCUUAUGAAACCUGCCUGUCUUUUCUCCUAGCAUUAUAUCCAUGUUGAUGUUUCUGUAAAUGCCUGACUAGACCUUGAGAACCUGAUUUCACAUAGCGGUUUCUGAAGAACCUGAGUUGAUAAUUGCUAUUCUUUGUUUUCAGUUGAAAGGCCUUGUUGACUAGAGGACUCUCCAACACAGAGAUGUUUUUUGUUUUUGUCUUUAAUUUGAUGCACAACAAAAUCCAGACACCAUCACAGCUCUAAGCCCCGGGUAGCAGCAUCAACCUGGUUGGGAGCUGGAAUGUACAGUGGUUUGUAGAUGGUGAAGCCUCAAAGCAUCUCCUCUGUGGUCUGCACCACUAGGAACUGCAACAUUAUUGCAUCAAAAUGCAUAAAUGCAUCAUCUGCUUUGACCUCCUUUUCCUGGUUUGUAACCUACUCCUUCUUUUUUCCUAAUAUAUGCAUUUUAAGGUAAAGUUCAGAAUAUAUUUUAAAAGACGUUGUAUAAAGGUUUAAAAUUAGGUAUUAUACUGGAUUUUCUUUUUUUAAAACAGUAAAAGAUGUGUAGAUGUAUGUA